CUUACGAUCUUUGCAACGAUCUCUCUCUUUCUCUCUUUCUUCCUGCUCCUAAUUAACCAAAGAAUAAUCCGACUUGUACUUUAUUCACAGUUUUGGGCUGCUUACGUGCCGUGCGAGUCGCAGCAUCUCAACGCGGUCCAGCUGACUCUGGAGCAGGUGGACCUCAUUAAGAGGCUCAUAGAGAAGUACUCGCAACACAUGCAGUUCGCUGCGUCUUCAACGGAGAUCCUGGAUGCUCACGAGAGAGGGAGGAUAGCUUCGCUAAUCGGGGUGGAGGGUGGACAUAGUCUAGGAAGUAGUUUAGCCGUUUUAAGAACACUGUAUCAGUUGGGCGUACGGUAUCUCACGCUCACGCACACUUGUAACACACCGUGGGCGAAAAGUUCGUCGGUAGAGGACGAGGAUGAGGAUGGAGGCGGUCUAACGGCAUUCGGAAAAGCAGUAGUUCAGGAAAUGAAUAGGCUGGGAAUGUUGAUAGACCUUAGUCAUACAGCGAGGGCAACCAUGAGGGACGCUUUAAGGGCCAGCAAAGCGCCCGUCAUUUUUUCUCAUUCGUCGGCCUUCGCCAUUUGUAAUUCCUCGAGGAACGUUCCCGACGACAUUUUGAAGCAGCUGGCUGCUAACGGUGGACUGGUGAUGGUGACGUUUUAUAAUUACUUCGUGAAAUGCGGCUCUCAGGCAACCGUAUCCGACGUCGCCGAGCAUAUUUACUACAUUAGAAACCUAAUUGGCGUGGACCAUAUUGGUGUCGGUGGCGACUUCGAUGGUAUUAACAAAACGCCCAGAGGACUCGAGGAUGUCUCGAAGUAUCCGGAACUGUUCGCCGAACUUCUCCGAAGUGGGAAAUGGAACGUGUACGAUUUGAAGAAAGUUGCCGGUCUGAACCUGCUGAGAGUCCUUCAAAAGGUGGAAAAAGUGAGGGACGACCUGAGAACCGCCGGGAUGACGCCAUCCGAAGAAUACCUCCAGGAUUCUCCCGACACGACCGGCAGCUGUGCACUUGAUAUCAACUCGGUGCAGACGGUCAUGGAGAUUUGAUUGUUCUAUCAAUAUCCUCUGUUUCUCGAUGGUGUGUAAAUCACUUCUCUACGAGCACCCUGCCGUCCUAUGCUCGACAAAACGGACAGAAUCGCGUCGAAGUCGGGGAAAUCUUAGCAGAACGAUCGAUUCAAGAGGAGAAGAUGCUUCUCGUUGCUUGAUUCUUGCCCGCUUACAAAAUCUGUCCCUUUUUAGAUGCUCAAUCAAGAUAUAACAUUGAACGAGAGAGAAAAGAAAUAUGAUGGAAAACCUACCUCGAAACGAAAUGCACAGCUUCCGAUAUGUCUAAUUUGCUCGGCCGUAGGUUACUUUUCGUUUGAAAAGCACAAAACGCGAUGCGAUUACUUUUUAAACGGGCCUUCCUUGAAACCGUUUGAUUCACCGCCGUUUAUAAUUAUUCGAACGAUUGAGAAAAUAUGACGAUCGUAUUUUUAUUACAGAAUUUAUUUUAGUAUCGUUAAGAUUAAAGUAACCGUUAAGCUUCAUGAAAUCCAUAAUCUAAAUUACGAAUGUACUUGUCAAUAAUAAUUUAAGGCUUACGUUUUAAGUAGGUAAAAACUGAUUGUGAGAUCACCUGUAUUUUGAACACUUGUAACAAUCAUAUUUUGGUAUCUCGUACAUACGUUUCAGAACAGACAUGUCCAAGGCAACAAUGCUAUUUUUAAUAGGAGUAAUAACGACGCAUUGUAACAUUUAUUAUAAAGAAACACGUGUAUUCUAAUAUACAGUCUCUGAAUAAAGCUGAAACACAUUUUUCUCCAUUUCAUAUUUUUAUGGUACAGAAAGUGUUGAUUCAAAGAAAUGUGUAUAUCAUUGAGAAUUUUCAUUGUCGUUCGAAGAGUUAUAGAGCUGUAGAGCACUGUCGUUCAAGUGAAUUUUAUUAAAUAUCAGAAUAAAUCCUCCAAUUUGUUGUCGUAUAUAUAUAUGUAUAUUAUAAAUUUAAUUUCAAAUCAGUUGUGAUUAACAGGAUCAUGUUUCUAGAUAAUGUUUUUGUCGUAUUACAAGUACCAAACUUUAUGAAAUUGCUGCAAAAAAUGAUUAGCCAAGCAAAACGAUCAAUCGUGCGUAAAUCAGUACAUAAAAGGAGCAAAUAAAGAGAACAUACUGUGACAAUAUAGAGAUCUUUUCUAAACUGUGUCACUCUUGUAUUGUAAAAAAAAAAAAAAAGUAUUAUGUGUGAACCCGGCUGUGUACCUUCAUAUGUCUUCCCCUCUUCGUUGCACAAAAAAUACGUGCACUUUAGCGUUAAAAAUUUGAAAACUCGAAGUGAGCAAACCCGCAUCUGAAAGAAUUACGGGUUUAUUUGAAAAAUAUAAUCGUUGAAAAAAAAAAAGAAACUUUCAGAAGAAAAACAUAUCUGUUUUAAAGAUAAAGAGGAAACGUAAACAAGAAACACCGUAUUUGCAAAAUAAAUUUUGCUAUUAGUGUUAUAGAGAGAAGAAUACUGUUAAAAAAAAAAGAAAAUGCUUUUCACGAAAUAAAAGAUAUUUGAAUAAGAUAAAAAUUGCUCACAGAAAAUAUUGUCGAUAGAGUUCGAACGUGUGUGCGUGUUUGUCAACGUGUUAUACCGGAUGUAAUCUAUCAUUUAUACGCAUCCAAAAUUUCUUCGACAAAAGCAUCAUCUAAUAUCUUUGACGACUCACUGGAAAUUUCUGGGGAAAUUCUUUGAUAAGAAUUCACUCCUGCGACUUUCAUAUGUCACCAUUCACCUAUCUGUGUCCUGUGUGCACUUACUAUGUGAUUCAUGCGAGUUAAAUCUUCAAAAAAAAAAAAGAACUUAAUAUCGGAUGAUAAACGAAAAAUGAAGAUAACUUGUAUGGAUUAUACCUCACUCCCAUACAGGGAGUAGGUAAGAAACUUUAGAAUAUCAAAAAUUCCGUUGUACCUUCGCAGCGGAUUCUAUGAAUAAAUGUUUCUAUUGUAUA